AUGGAGAGGCACAACUCCAACCUCAACAAUGGCAGCAAGGUUAAACUCUUGUGUAGUUAUGGCGGGAAGAUUCUGUCACGGCAGAAGGACCACCAACUUACCUACGUCGGCGGCGACACCAAAAUCCUCGCCGUCGAUCGCACCGCCAAAUUCUCCGAAAUCGCCGCCAAGCUCAAUUCCCUCUGCAACAGAAACGACAGUUCCGAGAUUUCCCUCAAAUACCAGUUGCCCGGCGAGGACCUGGACGCUCUGGUUUCCUUGAUCGACGACGAUGAUGUGGAGCACAUGAUGGUAGAGUACGAACGCAUGCAGAGGAUCUCCACCAAGCCCACCAGGCUCCGCAUCUUCAUCUUUGAUAUCUCUGGCCCACCCGUCCCGCCGAUGAAAUCGGGAGUCAAAGAGUCCGUUCCGGUUACGCCUCCGAACCCGGAUUACUUAUUCGGGUUUGACAAGGAGUAUCAGCCUAGCAUUGGGCCCCCGCUGGAUCUUUUGCAGAUCCCGGGUAUGGUCCUCCCGGAGAAUUAUGGGUUGGUUCCAUAUGAGGGAAAGACGGGAAUCACUGAAAGCCACGUAACUAGUGUAAGCGUGAACGGUGCCGCGGCAACCACGGCGGCGGCACAGGAGAUUUAUCGAGUUCCGGCAAUGGUAAACGGAGGAGUACAUCAGAGUGUGCUUUACGCAUAUGGAAUCGGGCCGGCGAUGGGUCGCGGCAACCUUGAACAGCCGGCAUACAAUAUUAUUCCGGUAAUGGCAUCUGUUCCGGAGCAGAGAAUGAUGAUCCCGGCGGGGAGUAGUCUGGAGGUGAAGGUUAAUCAACGUAAUUUUUGA